AUGGCAGCGACCGCCUCGAUCGUGCUGCCAGGCCAGCUCCUCGGCCCCGCCAACAGAUAUCGCCCCGGCCCAGGCGUGCAUCUCCACGAGUCCAACCUGUACAGCUCCCUCCUCGGCGCAGUUAUUGUCUCUGAGCCCGACUCCUCUUCGAAGUCGUCGGCAACGAACAGAGGUCCCGCAAAGCGGCUGACCAAGAUCACGGCUUCCCUCCACAGCAGCAGCGGUACUGGCGCCGCGGCAAGCGAGCUCCCCACCAUCUCAGUCAGCCGCUCCGUGACGCCCAAGAGGCAGCGUGAGGUCCUGCCACAGGUCGGGAACGUGGUGCUGUGCCGUGUCACGCGCAUCACCCCACGCCAGGCCGUCGCUUCCAUCCUGGUCUGCGGCGAGACGGUCCUGGAAGCCGAGUGGCAGGGCGUAAUCCGCGUGCAGGACGCGCGGGCCACAGAGAAGGAUCGGGUCAAGGUUUAUGAGAGCUUCAGGCCGGGGGACAUUGUGCGGGCCUCGGUGAUCUCCCUUGGUGACCAGGCAAAUUAUUAUUUGUCUACGGCGAGCAACGAGUUUGGCGUCAUUAUGGCGGUUAGUGAGGCUGGCAAUGCCAUGUACCCGGUCUCGUGGAAGGAAUACAAGGAUCCGGAAACCGGACUGAGCGAGGCGAGGAAGGUCGCGAAGCCGUACUGA